AUGGCUAUCAUUGUCAACGUGUUGAUUAUGGCGCGAUCGAGGUAUCUACAAGCAAAAUACAAACAUUGCUACCGCAAGCGGAAGAAGCAGAAGACUCCAACGGAACACAUAUCAGUGUCGCGCCCACGGACGACAGAAACUAUCGAGACCGAUAUUCCAACUACUAUUGCUGCUGAUGAACUUAUGCCAAUAGAUAUCGCCACUAGCACCAUAGACAUCGGCACUGUUCCUCCAUCCCCACCACUUACUGCAACCACCAAUAUCUGCAAUACCAGUACCGCUCCAUGCCCACCGCUGACUUCUUCAACACUGCCACCAGUACUCCCAACAACCCGCUCAAAUAGACCAAAUUUUUUGCCACCUCCGACCGCCACUAUGACACCUGUAAUCACUGCGAAUCAACAUCAAUCCACUACCACUGCUAUUAUUGUAACUACUACGAAUUACAUCCAACCAGCUGGUACUACGAACACCACCGCCUCGUUUGGAAAUGCUUGCACUUCAACCGCUAGCAGACCCUUCAUUCCUAUUCACGGUGACAAUGGAUCAAAUGACAUCGGAUAUACCGCACGAAACAACCAAACGACUCCUAUUCUGCAACACAUCAUUCCGGCGCAAUCAAAUUUGAACGUUACUCCAGCUAACACGGCACAGGUACCAAUGAAAAUUUCUAAACAACCAAAAGUAUCUGUUUUAUCCAACAUUCCAUACGUAGGACCUAUUCAGUUUAAAUUGACUCCAAAUAGCAACAAUCAGAUAAACAAUAAUUUAGCUCCUCCUCCGUUACCCACUAGGAAUACCUCAUCACUAGCUAAUCGGCAGAUAACUGCCCUUCAGGUCGCCCUUCCCACACGUCCGAUCAUGAAAACUAUCGAGACCGAUAUUCCAACUACUAUUGCUGCUGAUGAACUUAUGCCAAUAGAUAUCGCCACUAGCACCAUAGACAUCGGCACUGUUCCUCCAUCCCCACCACUUACUGCAACCACCAAUAUCUGCAAUACCAGUACCGCUCCAUGCCCACCGCUGACUUCUUCAACACUGCUACCAGUACUCCCAACAACCCGCUCAAAUAGACCAAAUUUUUUGCCACCUCCGACCGCCACUAUGACACCUGUAAUCACUGCGAAUCAACAUCAAUCCACUACCACUGCUAUUAUUGUAACUACUACGAAUUACAUCCAACCAGCUGGUACUACGAACACCACCGCCUCGUUUGGAAAUGCUUGCACUUCAACCGCUAGCAGACCCUUCAUUCCUAUUCACGGUGACAAUGGAUCAAAUGACAUCGGAUAUACCGCACGAAACAACCAAACGACUCCUAUUCUGCAACACAUCAUUCCGGCGCAAUCAAAUUUGAACGUUACUCCAGCUAACACGGCACAGGUACCAAUGAAAAUUUCUAAACAACCAAAAGUAUCUGUUUUAUCCAACAUUCCAUACGUAGGACCUAUUCAGUUUAAAUUGACUCCAAAUAGCAACAAUCAGAUAAACAAUAAUUUAGCUCCUCCUCCGUUACCCACUAGGAAUACCUCAUCACUAGCUAAUCGGCAGAUAACUGCCCUUCAGGUCGCCCUUCCCACACGUCCGAUCAUGAAAACUAUCGAGACCGAUAUUCCAACUACUAUUGCUGCUGAUGAACUUAUGCCAAUAGAUAUCGCCACUAGCACCAUAGACAUCGGCACUGUUCCUCCAUCCCCACCACUUACUGCAACCACCAAUAUCUGCAAUACCAGUACCGCUCCAUGCCCACCGCUGACUUCUUCAACACUGCCACCAGUACUCCCAACAACCCGCUCAAAUAGACCAAAUUUUUUGCCACCUCCGACCGCCACUAUGACACCUGUAAUCACUGCGAAUCAACAUCAACCCACUACCACUGCUAUUAUUGUAACUACUACGAAUUACAUCCAACCAGCUGGUACUACGAACACCACCGCCUCGUUUGGAAAUGCUUGCACUUCAACCGCUAGCAGACCCUUCAUUCCUAUUCACGGUGACAAUGGAUCAAAUGACAUCGGAUAUACCGCACGAAACAACCAAACGACUCCUAUUCUGCAACACAUCAUUCCGGCGCAAUCAAAUUUGAACGUUACUCCAGCUAACACGGCACAGGUACCAAUGAAAAUUUCUAAACAACCAAAAGUAUCUGUUUUAUCCAACAUUCCAUACGUAGGACCUAUUCAGUUUAAAUUGACUCCAAAUAGCAACAAUCAGAUAAACAAUAAUUUAGCUCCUCCUCCGUUACCCACUAGGAAUACCUCAUCACUAGCUAAUCGGCAGAUAACUGCCCUUCAGGUCGCCCUUCCCACACGUCCGAUCAUGAAAACAUACAAAGGUUCUUUCCAAAUGAACGGUUUUGCCCAUCACUACAUUAAACCUUACAAUGGUCCUGUCAAGUUUUGGCCUGUUUUUCAAGCUGUCACUGCAGAGCAGAAGUGCUACAGUGACUGA